CGAGGGGGGCCGUGACGUUCCCGUAGAUCCGCAGACAUUGACAGGGAUGCUGCCAAGGGACAUCGGGGUAAUCUGCGGCCACAAAUGGAAAUCCUCUUUGGGCAUGAGAACUACAAUCCCCAUCGUACAUUGCGGCAGAAGUGCCCUUCGUUGAGGCGGGUCUUCGCCUUGCGAACCGAGCGGAGGUGUGAGUUCAGCGGCCGGACCUGGUCUCCUUGCACGAAAGUGAGAAUAGAAUAUGGAGCGCAAUUUGAAAUAUAUUUCGCUGGGAAUUUUAGUAUUUCAGACAACCAGUCUUGUAUUGACUAUGCGUUACUCACGGACUUUCAAAGAAGAAGGACCCCGUUACCUAGCUUCAACUGCUGUGGUCAUUGCUGAGUUGAUGAAGAUUGCAACGUGUCUUCUUUUAGUUUAUAAGGAUGCUAGUUAUAACAUUCAAGAAUUACGCAGAGUAUUACAAGAUGAAAUUAUUAACAAACCAAUGGAGACAUUAAAACUUGCCAUUCCUUCUGGAAUAUACACCCUUCAGAACAAUCUCCUUUAUGUAGCAUUAUCCAAUUUAGAUGCAGCUACUUAUCAGGUUACUUAUCAACUUAAAGUCCUCACCACAGCUUUCUUUUCUGUGACAAUGCUUGGAAAAAACUUGAGUGUUUAUCAGUGGCUUUCACUUUUGACAUUAAUGGCUGGUGUUACACUUGUUCAGUGGCCAACAGACCCUCCAGAGGAAAUAAAGAAAGAGAUCUCUGCAGGUUCUCAGUUUGUGGGUUUAAUAGCAGUGCUCAGUGCUUGUUUUUCCAGUGGAUUUGCCGGAGUUUAUUUUGAGAAGAUCUUGAAAGGGACAAAACAAUCAGUUUGGAUUAGAAACAUUCAAUUAGGUUUGUUUGGCAGCAUUUUUGGAAUGAUGGGUGUAUAUGUAUAUGAUGGUCGGCGAAUACACGAACACGGAUUUUUCCAAGGUUACAACAAAAUCACUUGGAUCGUUGUUACUCUGCAGGCUCUUGGUGGUCUAGUAAUUGCAGCGGUCAUCAAAUAUGCAGACAACAUCUUGAAAGGAUUUGCUACUUCGUUAUCCAUUAUUCUUUCAACAUUGAUCUCUUACUUCUGGUUACAAGAUUUUGUGCCUACCAGUGUCUUUUUCCUUGGAACCUUCCUGGUGAUAGUUGCAACAUUUUUGUAUGGAUAUGAACCGAAGAACAGCACAGAUCCAAACAAAGCAUGAUGCAGAGUCGGUUAGCAUAACACUUCAUUCAUGUGCAAGUGCAAAACUUAAAAUAAAGGUCUAAACGCUAGCACCUGAAGCACUUGGAGUUGAUAUUAAGGAAAUUGUUGGCCAUGAUAACUUUUCUCAAAUGUGAGAAAUAAUCAGUGAUUAAAAUAAUGGCACUCAAGACUUGAAAUAUUGGUGGUUAGAUGCAAAGGAUCACAUAUUAGACAAUUAAGUAGGAUCAUGCUUGGCCUUAAUGGCCAUAAUCUAUGCAAUUUGCAAUCAGGGUUCUUAAUUAGAGGUUUGCUGGUGAGAAGGGGGUGAAUUUGAGAAGCUGUCUUAAAUCAAAUUGAAGGCAAUUGCUUGAGUAAUUAUUUGAAAUACAACUUGUUUUUAAAUGGGAACACACUGGACAGCUGGCCUACAAUCUGCUCUUCAACUGUAGAUAGCAUAAUUCAGACCAACUCUUUAAAAAUAAAUACAAUUUAUUUCUAAAUUGUACAAAGCAAAUUCUAAAACAAGCUAAGUUUUCAUUUGCAAUUUCUCAGAUAAACCAAUGUAGACCAUUUCUGUGCUGCCAAACUGUAAUUUGAGAUUUAAAUGGACCAAACCAUAAAAUUUGAUCCCAAAAGAUUAAGAAUCCAGAAACUUGUGAUGGAAAUUGAAAUGAAUUUAUUUAAUAUCCAUAAAGCAUUUGUAAACUUGUAUAUUAGUAUCACACUGUAUUAAAUUGUUUACUGUUGUAGAUAAAAUAACUUAUUUUGUCUGUAUAGUUUUAUAAUGGUAGUCACCAGAGAAUGGUAAGUCUAUCUAAUAUUUUGUUUUGAUUUUUGUAAUGAAUAAACUCAAAACAUUUGUGGAGGGAAAAAUGCUUUAUCUAUUGUUUAAAUGUUCUCUGAUUCUUUGCUGUGAAAUGACCAGUACUACCUGAUAAAUGCGUAAUGAAAACUUCAGGUUGGGAACAGGAUUAACAAUUACUUUUGAAUAUUACAAGAAUGACUGGAUUCUUUAAACUGUCUUCUUUACGUUGUUUUUCUUGGUAUCACUUUGCCCUUGAGUUUGUACAUAAAAUACUGUCCAUCUAAUAGAAGGAUUAUAUUUGACUAUUUGUUUAAUCUAUUUUAAUAGAAGGUUUACAAGAACUGUACAAGGGAAUUUGUAGGAUUUCACUAGGAUAUUCUAAGAUAACAAUGCCUUUGACCUGACAUUAACCUCAAUUUCUUUCCACAAGUGCUACCUGAACUAAUGAGUGUAUAACAUUAUAAAUAUAAAAGUUUGUAGAUGCUGGAAAUCCAAGCAACGCACACAAAAAUGCUGGAGGAAGUCAGCAGGUCGGGCAGCAUAUAUGGAAAUGAAUGUUUUGGGCCAAAACCCUUCAAAGGGUCUCAGCCCAAUAUGUUGACUGUUUAUUCAUUUCCACAGAUGCUGCCUGACUUGCUGAGUUCCUCCAGCAUUUUGUGUGUGUUGAUACAUCUAAUGUUUUUAUCUCAGACUUCCAGCAUCUUCAUUUCUUUGAUUUUCAUUGUUUAUAGGUUAAAGAUUACAUGCCAACUUAAAAAGAUCUUAUUGAAUUAAAAUUUUAUUGGAAUAUGCAAUGCCCCGUCACUAUAACCAAGACUUCAACAUUCAAAUGUUAUUACAUAAUGUAAAUGACAGCACUUUUCAGACUGGUCCUUUGUCAAAAAUGUAGUUUAUUUUUUCUGGAGGUGAAUGGGAAAGAUACUUUAAUGUCAAGAAGAUUUGAAAUUAAGUGUGGUAUUCCGCACAACUAAUGUUAAAUGUGUAGUGGUUUGUGAGCCAGAAAUUUAUUGCUGCUUGGUUAAACCUAGCACAUUUUAAAUGAAAUUUGUGUUUCCCUAUUUUGUCAAUAAUUAAUAUGGUUAUCAAUUACUGCAACCUGGUUGGUUUUAUUUUUGAAUGCUACUAAAACUCUUGUUUUAUAUUAGACAGUUACUGGCAGCUGAUAUUUUUUGUUCCCUCGGCUAUUAUUUUCUCUGUUCCAAAUUUACCAAUAUUUAAUACUACAUUCCUGAAGGCCUUAUUAAUAAGGUUACAUAAAUAUUGUUUUGUUGUGGCAGUAAAUUAGCCAUUCUUUAUACAGUGCUUGAAAAUGAAUGUUUGCUGUGUUCUUAAUUCUGAAGUUACUUCUGAGUGUCAGUUAUCAGUAGUCCAUUCUAUGUUCACCUCAUCAAAACCAUGAACUUUUAGCAAUGGUGUUUAGUUGGAAAUAGGAGUGGGAUCUACAAUAACUACGUUUGACCAGUGAGGCCAAAGGUAGUCCCAUUAAGAACAAGCCUAGUUAUGAUCUGCUGAAUCAAUAUCAACUGGCAGCUUUCCCAUUUAUUUGAAUGCUGUCUGAGCUGUAAUAGGAGAUAAUUGUGUUCACAAGCUUUGCAACUAUUUUUUUGCUCCCACUUCAAAGCCAAUAACGAGAGCUCUUUGUAUUCAUAAAGGCAUCAUUUUAAAGAAUCAUCAAAAGGGUAAUGACAUGCAGUACAGCUGACUUUUUGGGUGCAUUCAGGUCAACAAAAGCACUGAAAGAAAAAUGGUUUUUGAAUUUUUACAUGCUGUAAACGUUAUGCUAAAUCUCUAAUUAAAGAGUAGAUGAAGGGUAGUGGAAUUGGCUGAAUUUCAUAAACACUAAGGAAACUUUUAGUUUUUCCCAAUAUAACAUUUCGGCCUCAUAGUUUUGACUAGUGAUGGUACUGCAUUAAAUUCUUUUGCUUUGAGUACCUGAUAUAUUCGAAAGGAUAAAUUCAGUUAAUAUUUAGCUCCUUGUGAGCUGGUGUUCAUGUUUGCAACUUUUAAUGGCAAUAUAUUCACAUUACAAAAGUGUAUUGAAUUUGUAUGAAAGUGUUUCACCAAUGUUGCUGUAUAUUCCAAUGAAGAAAGUCCACAGCAGUUUACAUCACAAGUACCAAUCAUAAUGCAUUGGGUUAGAAUGGGUUUCUUGUUGGGGAAAAUGGGAUCCAAAAGUUCAAAAAUCCUCCCAUUUUUAAAUCAUAUUAAAGAUGUGCUUAUGAUUAUUUGACAAUGGUAAAAUAAAUUUAGAAUUUUUUCAAUUCUAUUAUUUUAACUUUUCUGUAAAUCUGCCAAAUUGGAAUGCAUAUUUUAUAAAUAAAGUCUUUCUUUGGAUAUUUGGGAGUUUGUCUAGUUUAAUGGACGAGUAAUAUUGAACUAAUUGCAUUGUGAGCAAACAACAAAAAUGCAUGGAAACAUUGAAACAACAUUCAUAACAUUUAAUGCAAUUAUGAAAAUAAGGUACCUAGUUCGAGCAGGGGGCUUCGAUUGUUCCAGUGCCCAGGAAGAGCAUAAUGAUCUGCCUCAAAGAUUGUUGCCCAGUAGCAGUUACAUCCACAGUGAUGAAGUGUUUUGAGAGGCUGAUGAUGAAAUGUAUCACCUGCCUGAGGAAUGACCAGGAUCCGCUCCAAUUUGCCCACUGGAGCAACAGGUCUUCAGCAGAUGCCAUCUCAUUGGUUCUUCACUUAACUGUGCAACAUCUCGAUAGCAAAGGUACAUACAUCAGGAUGCUCUUUAUCGACUACAGCUCAGCAUUCAAUACCAUUAUUCCCUCAAAACUAAUCAAUAAGCUCCAAGGGCUUGGCCUCCAUAACUCCUUAUACAAUUAGAUCCUUAAUUACCUCACUUGCAGAGUCCAGUCAGUUUGGAUUGGCAACAAUGUCUCCUCUGAUCUCCAUCAACACACGUGCACAACAAAGCUGUGUGCUUAGCCCCUUGCUCUACUCACUUUACACAUAUGGUUGUGUGGCUAAGCACAGCUCCAAUGCCAUAUUUAAGUUUACUGACACUACCAUAGUUGGCCGAAUCAAAGGUGAUGAAUCAGCAUAUAAGAGGGAGAUUAAAAAUCUUGCUGAGUGGUGCCAUAACAACAAUCUCUUACUCAAUAUCAGCUACACCAAGGAACUAAUAAUUUAUUGAAUUCAGGAGAAAGAAAUCAGUCCAUGAGCCAGUCCUCAUCAGAAUUAGAAUGGUCAGCAAUUUUAAAUUCCUUGGUGCUAUUAUUUCAGAGGACCUGUCUUGUACCCGAUAUGUACAUUUGAAAUUUGAAGUUAA